AUGAGCAACGAGGAGGGAAAUGAAGGCAGUCCGGCCAGAGAUGAAGCCAAACCGACACGCAAAAGACAGGGCUCGCCCCAGCCGGUGGCGAUUCCGGGGGCUCAGGAGGAAGCGAGCAUCCCGGCAUUACCUCCCUGGGUGGCCGGAGGAUCCCCGGCAAAGUUCGUGACGCACGAGGAGCUCGUCAAAAUCACUCAUGACAUGGAGAAUAUGGAGCUCGUGCACGAGAUCGCCAUCGAUCCGAACUUCCAGAUCCCAGACAAGCCGGCGCAUCCGCUGCAACGGGCUGCUCGGUAAAACAAGAAAAUAGGAAGACGAGAAUUCCAUGCUUUGUAUUUCCAGUGAGUCGAUGCAUCGUGCUUAUUAUGGCCAAUUACGUCGUGAUCUGGCUAAAGAUCCGCCAGUGUAUGACUUCUGUUUUGGAUUCAUUUUGGAACUGAAAAUGAUGAUUAUGGAGGACAUUCUGACCGAGCAGCACACCCGAUUGAAGGCCGAAAUCGAUACAAUGAUCGACGAAGGUCGGUUUCUCCUCUCCCGGCUAGAAUGUAUCCACGCAGAGUCUUUCCAGCAGCUCUUCGUAACCAACUGGAGGAGGAAACAUUGGAUGUGAUGGAGGUCAUGAAGUACAUUAUCAACCUGUGCUCGAGACUUUGUUCACCUGUUCGUGAUCCAAUCAUUGCUGAGUUGAAAAACAGAACUGACAUCAUCGACACAUUCCAGUAGGGAAAUUCAAUCAGAAACAUUCAAAAACUUGCUCAUUUGCAGAGGUACAAUGGAUCUGCUGGAACUGAUGAAAAACGAUCUGACCAACUAUCAGAUCUCUCAAAAUCGUUCGGCCAUCGAAGAGUAUAGCGUCAGGCAGGAAUACGAUAUGUUCCAGAAGCAGUUGGAAGAAGAUCCGAACGGAUGCAACUUCACAAGAGAAUGGCUGCACGCGGCUUUCGAAGAAUUGUUCAACGGCGAGAAGGAAUCAGAGGAAAGCAGUUCGAAGAAGGAAAAGAAAGAAGAAGCGACGGAUUCCGUCCUGGUGGAUACGACGAGUCGUGGAUACGUGAGGCUGGUGCAGGUGGAGGAGUAUCUGCCUUUCCCAGAGACCCUCAAGAUCGACCGACUGAAAAUCGAACUGCUCGCUGAGAAAUUCCUUCAAAUCAUUGUUUGCGCAUCUGCUGUUUUCGUGACCUGCAAUGUGGCCGGCAGAGAGGUAUCCGAGAGUUCGGACUUCAAAAAGACACUCAAGGAGCAUCUGGUAGUCAUCACAAACGACAUUGACGAGGAGUAAAGGGGAAUUCAACCGAGAAAUGCUUAUUUUGAAUUUGCAGUAGACUAAAGACGGCUUUGGAAAAGAUCGCUGAACAAUGCGUCAAGGAGGCUAAAGAAACGGCCGAGAAGCUGAAUGUCGAGUGGAAUGACGAGAAGUCCUCUUCCCUGCGCAACCAAAUCAAUGCCCUCAUUAACGUGGAAAAUCCGAUUCGCAGGCUCGUCUAUAGCCGUGUCUCAAGUUUCGUCGAAGAGAUGCUCCGCAGCCCGACCACGGUUCCUCACCGUCUUCUGCCCGGUCUCUCUGUCGUUCAGUCCGAACUGUGCGCUUUCACAUCCAAGUGAGCACCCCACCCCUUUUCCCUCUUCCAAUAACACUUUUUCAGAUUCCUCCGUCUCUGCGUUCACAAUCGCAAGACUUUCUACAAAAUGUAUUCCAAUCUGAUUCUAGAAUUCCAAGGCCACGCCCCUUCCACCCACGCCAUCUACCAUGCCGACAGCCCGUCUUCCAUGCCCGGUCCAUCCUCUGCGCCCGGUCCGAGCAGCUCCUCCCAAUGA